UUGGGCGCGUGUCACAACGAAAACCAACUGUGUGAUUAAUCUCUUAACUGGAGACAUUAAGGCACGUAAUAACGAUAACGAAACAAGUGAGAAGAAUCCGAGAUACCGAGGGAGAUCACGUGUGUGGUGCAGCAGCAGCAGCAGCAGCGGCAGCGUGAAAUGGACGCUGUAGCAACAGGUUCGGAGCUGAACAAGUCCGGGAGCGGAGGUUCGGAGCGGAGCGAUGACAGCGGAGGAGGAGGGAUAUUUGAGUACUCUGGUUGGGUUUAUCACUUGGGAGUCAAUUCCAUUGGCCACGAGUAUUGUCAUCUCCGUUUCCUCUUCAUCAGGGGAAAGUAUGUUGCCAUGUACAAGCGUGAUCCUCACGAGAACCCUGGCAUCAAACCAAUUAGGCGGGGAGUUGUUGGACCCACGCUAAUGGUGGAGGAGCUAGGUCGUCGAAAGGUCAACAAUGGGGAUCUUUAUGUUUUACGGUUUUACAAUCGAUUAGAUGAGACCAAAAAAGGAGAUAUUGCUUGCGCUACAGCUGGGGAGGCCAGGGGAUGGAUGGAAGCAUUUGAUCAGGCUAAGCAACAGGCCGAGCUUGAGUUGUCAAAAGGAAUUAGUGCCAGAGACAAACUAAACAUGGAGAACGAGAUCAAUCUUGAAGGACAUCGACCUAGAGUGAGGCGAUAUGCCCAUGGUUUGAGGAAGCUUAUAAGAAUUGGCCAAGGCCCGGAAAAAUUGUUACGACAAUCAUCAAAGUUGUCCAGAACAGAUGGGUUUGAAGGGGAUGGAGGCGAUGCAGUUGAAGCACAUCAAUGGAAAUGCGUUUUUACUUUGGCUGGUAUUAGAAUUUUUGAGGAUGUUUCUGAUCACAAGAAUGGUAAGACUGUCCUUGCAAAGUCUGUUGGUGUGGUUGAUGCAACUGCAGAUACUGUUUUUGAAGUUAUUUUGAACACUGACCAACAGAAAAGAUAUGAGUGGGAUACAUUGAUAUGCGACUUGGAACUUGUAGAUUCUUAUGAUGGACACUACGAUGUUGUUUAUGGGACAUAUGAUUCUAAGUAUCUAUCUCGGUGGCACUCAAAGCAGGAUUUUGUCUUCUCUAGACAAUGGUUUCGUGGACAAGAUGGAACAUAUACUAUCUUGCAAUGUCCAGCUAUACACAAGAAGAAGCCCCCAAUACACGGAUAUCGACGUGCAAAAGUUAAUCCAACUUCAUGGGAGAUUAGAAAUUUGAGCACAUCUGGGGCAUCAAAUAGCCCAAGAUGUUUAGUGACCCACACUUUGGAGAUAAACUCUUCGUCUUGGUGUCGAUGGAAGAAUAACCAGAACUCAAAAUUUCAGAGGAGCAUUCCACAUGCAUUAUUGUUCCAAGUGGCAGGUCUGAAGGAAUACAUUGCUGCCAAUCCUGCACUCCACCAUGAAAAUGCCACCACAGUUGUUCAUUCCAAAAUCUCUGAUGCUUCUAUUUCUAGUGCUGAAUGUGAGGAUGAAAUGCAGGAUGAGUUUUAUGAUGCAAUUACUGCCGAUUCGUCAACAUCAGAUGAAGAAAGUGAUGAUGAUCAAAAACUUGUUCCGCAGGAGCCAAGAGUCAAGCUAAAGAAUAUUUCAUGGGCAAUCACAACAUUAGCUUUAAAGCGAACUGCUGCUCCUGAUCUCAGCGAAGAAUUGGAUCCUCAUGUAACUCCUAUCACAAUUCCAAGUGACUUGCAUUGUUCUUUAUGGAAAGGAAAGGAUGACAAUGACACAAACUGUUGGGCUUCUCCUACUGGAAAAGGAUUUAUGAUUAGAGGAAAGAACUAUCUUAAAGAUAGUUCUAAGGUAGUUGGAGGAGAUCCUCUUCUCAAGCUUGUAGGAGUCGAUUGGUUAACAGUUGAUAAAUCUGUAGAUAGAAUUUCCCUUCACCCUAAAAGUUUGGUUCAGUCAGAAGCCGGGAAAAAGCUUCCAUUUAUCCUUGUCAUUAAUCUCCAGGGUUGAUGAAAUGCACCUAUUUCCUUUGUUUAUCUGGGUUGUCUUGAGUGCACCAAGUUUGUUUCAUGACCACCAUCACUGUCACUGUCGUAACCACUGCUGCUUUUAGAGCAUUGAAUUUGACUGGCGACCACACCAAGAGAUUCUUCGUCCUCUGAUUUGAUAGCUCCCGGAGUCAUGCCACCGUCAAAGCAGCUGCGCACCAAAACGAGCACCAUUUUUUUCUCGCGGGUUUCACAUGCCACCCAUUUCUGGCACGUAACGGCUUGUUUGACCACAGUUCUUGCCGCCGCUUGCUUUGUUGGAGUCGGCCUGAGGUGGCAGUUACAGAUCUGCCCUUGUUGGGCAGUUUCACCUCAAGUUGUAUGUCUCUCCUUUGAAAGAACCCUGUUCACAGUUUUCUUUGGUAUGUCUCUUUUUGGCAUGUCGAUUCCACUAAGAAAUGUGGAUCUUCUACAUUUGCCUCAUGAUAGCUAUCUUAAUGGUUGAAAUUAUCAUAGGUUAAACUAAGGUAUUUGUAGGAUCAGUACUGUCAUCAUAGUGAGAGAUAUGUAACUGCCUAUAUUAACAGCCUGUAGUUAGUUGUGUAACUGACUUAACCUAAUCUCAGUUUGUCUAACUGACUUAACUCCUUUUCUCUAACAACUAACUGCCCAAGAGACAGUUGGAUAACUGCUCUUCUAAUAAUUCACACAUUAGAAGCCUGAUAUACUACUCUUCAUUUUACAGUAACAACUAUUUUAGUGCUGAGGGGUAAUUGUUUACCAAGUUUCAAGCUCCCUGAGCUUUAAUGGAAGUGGUCAUGUUGCAACUUUUUUUAUUUUUGGAUUUUAAUAAAAGAGUUUCAAAGGAAAUUAAGAAGGAUAAAUUGUGUUUGAUCCUUUCCUACUCUUUAACAUUAUUGACCUAGUGAUUCUUCAGUUUGUCUCAACUGUCUUUCUCUUUCUGGUUAUACCUAGUUUGAAAAGUCUACUGCUGGCAUAUUAUUGUUUUUGACAUUGAAUGAACAAUUAAUUGAGUAGCUUUACUACUAGUAGUGUCAGGGCUGCCAACUUUGACCGACAAGUAAAUUGGAAGGUUUUACUGCCUUUCUUUUUUUAACUUAGUAAGCAUAAAUGUGAUGCUAAAAGCUGGAAAGUUAAUUGAUUGAAAUCAUGAAUAGUCUGUGACAUGUGCUUCUGUCUCUGAAAUCCACAAUCAUAGAUCUAUCAAUGGCUCAAGAGAAACUUCGUCUGUAGUUUAUAUAGAUAAAGUGCAUUGGAGAUUUUUUUUAUGCCACAGAUCUACUUCUCAUUGAAAGACUUUCCUUUUGUUUGUAAUCA